AUGGCACCAAAAAAUAAAAGUUCCAAUUCUGCAAAUAAAAAGAAAAUACAGCUUUCGGAAGAAGAAGACGACGAAGACUAUAGGAGGCGUCGCGAUAGAAAUAAUCAGGCAGUAAAACGAUCCAGAGUAAAAAGUAAAUUACGUACGCAGCAAACAUUGGAACGAGUCGGGCAGUUAAAGUCAGAAAAUGAAUUACUAGAAGAAAAAAUUAAAAUGCUGACCAAGGAACUUGGAUUACUCAAGGAUCUUUUCUUGGUACACGCUGGAAGCAGACCGGGUGCACGAGUGGAGGGAGAAUAAUUAGAAGAAAAACAAAAUCGUCGAAAAUAAAAUGAAAUUUAAUUUUGACUUUAAAAAAUGUUUGCAUACUUUUUAAUUUUACAACAUUAAUUUUUUUACGACCGAAAAAUGAGUGAAAAGACGAAUCCGAAGAUCUACAACAAAGGUCAUUUUUGCAUAUUUUUGUACUAGUUGUUCAAAGUAAAAAGUGUGCGUGUAAAAGACGAAACAUUAACCUCUGCGCAUGCGCACUUUAAUUUUUUUUAUAAACCUAUGACUUGAUGUAUACAAUUCUAUCGAAUAGGAUUAAAACAUGCCCUUAUUGUAAUCCAAUCAGAAAGCUUAAAAUUUUUAGGUGGAGACAAUAAUAAAUAAUGCCCCACAUAAAGAUUUACGCUUAUGAUUAUCCGUAUUAUUUCAUUACAAUUGCUUACUUUAUAUGCUACUACGUGACUAUGAUAUGAUAAUAAUUUUUGCAUGAAACUUAUUUAUUUAGAAUACCGUAUGAAUUGCCGACAUAUA